UAUCCUCAUCAUCAAAAUGAAAAUGCCUCCCUCUACAGCUCCAACGCAAAACAUAAAGCACAAGGUACUCACGUGCCUCACCAAGCUCUCCGACAGGGACACGCACUCGCUAGGUGCGACGGAGCUGGAGUCCAUUGCUCGAAACCUGGACCCAAACUCGGUGCCGGUGUUCCUCUCGUGCAUACACUCCACCGAUGCUUCGGACAAAUCGCCGGUUCGCAAGCAAUGCGUGCACCUCUUGGCGAUUCUCUCUGAGGCGCAUGGCAACGUUCUCUCUCCCUUUCUCUCCAAAAUCCUCGCGAACAUAGUUCGCCGGCUCCGCGACCCGGACUCGUCGGUUCGAACCGCAUGUGCCAAUUCGGUUUCGGCAUUGUCGGCGCACGUGACGAAGCAACCGUUUUCGUCCUUCUUGAAGCCGUUGGGGGAGGCGCUAUUUACGGAGCAGGACCCGAACUCGCAGGCUGGCGCGGCGCUCUGCUUGGCUUCCGCGAUUGACGGAGCUCCGGAUCCGGACCCGGCUAGGCUGGCGAAGCUCCUGCCGAGGUUGGAGAAGCUGCUGAAGUGCGAGGGGUUUAAGGCCAAGGCGGCGCUGCUGGCGCUGUUCGGAAGCGUCGUGGAGGCCGGCGGCGCGUCGAGUCACGGUGUCUUGAGGAAAUUGGUUCCUUGCUUGGUGGAAUCCUUGAGCAGCGACGACUGGGCGGCAAGGAAGGGUGCGGCGGAGGCGUUGGUGAAGCUGGCGAUCGUGGAGAGGGACUUCUUGUCGGAAUUCAAGGCUGGUUGUUUGAAAGUUUUCGAGAAUCGACGAUUUGAUAAGGUAAAGUUGGUUCGGGAAGUUAUGAAUCAGAUGUUGGAGGCAUGGAAGCAGAUUCCUGAUGUUUCAGAUGAAUUCUCUCCACCUCCUCAGUCGCAUUCUUCUUCAAAAGAGAAUGCAAGUGAUGGGCGCUAUCAACCAGUCUCUCAAAAUUCUUGUAGUCCUGGUUCUGUAAUGACUAGAUUGAGGAAGAAAUCCAGCCCAGUUAACAGAUCAACUCCACCAGAUAGAUCUGCUGCUAACACUGCUAAAAAGAUGAGUGCUUUAAGUGGCAAUCAGAGAAUGAGUUCAGGUGUUUUGCCUUUGCCUAAACUAAACCAUAAGAAUUGGGAUGUUAGAAUUCCUGUGUCAAAUUCUCCCUUCAAGGAACUUCAGCAGAGGGAUGAAACUGUUGUGGAAAGAAGCAAAAAGGAUAAAAGCAGAUUUUUGAAGUCGGAAAUAAAACGGGCUUUAUUUGAUAAAAAUCCUGAUGACAAGAUGCAUAAAUUUGGUGGGUCCAAAGCUGGAUCUCGUGUGGCACCUUGUUCUGAGGAGAGUCAAGACUCAGUUCCUGUUUGUAAUGUCACUAAAGAUGUCCAUAGGAAUGAGAAAGAGAGUGAGGAUUUAUCUUUGAUUCGCAACCAGUUACUUCAAAUUGAGAAGCAGCAGUCAAGUCUGCUUGAUCUUCUACAGGAAUUCAUUGGGAGCUCUGAAAAUGGAAUGCGUUGUUUAGAGACUCGUGUGCAUGGCCUCGAGUUGGCAUUGGAUGAGAUAUCUUAUGGUUUGGCUGUAUCAAGCGGAAGGAUGACUAAAUCUGAUGCUCCAAGGAAUGCAUGUUGCCUGUUACCUGGCACUGAAUUUUUAAGCUCCAAAUUCUGGAGAAAAACACAGGGUCGGUGUUCGUCCUCCAGAUUCUCUCGAUCUGGUGGCACCCCAUCGCUUGCUGCCAUUCACUGCCGACCUGAUAGGAAUGCUGAAACUGAGUUGACAAGCCACAGAUUUAGGGUCCAUGGUGGUGGAGGCUUCAUCACUAAUCCUCUGGCAGUGAUUAAUACUAAUUCAAGGGAGAUUUCAGGUUUGGCAAGAGCAGAGCCAGUUUAAAAAGCAGCUUGGUGGAAAAAUCCCUUCACCAGGGAAGUGUGACAAUGAUAU